UUUGGGCCGUUCGCAGAAAACCCAGCCUUCGAACCAUACCAAACUAUUACAUCAUUUCAUUGGCUGUCUCCGACAUGCUCAUGGCUUCUAUAGGAAUGCCGCUGAGUCUUGUAACAGUGAUCGCGGGCAAGUGGGUAUUCGGGGAUGCCCUCUGCCAAUACCAGGGGUUCAUAGGGACAUUUCUAGGAACGGUGUCGCUUCUCACGAUAAUGCUAACAGCAAUUAACCGUUACUGCAAAAUAACCUGGACUGCGUCACGAUACGCUUCCACGUUUACCCGCGCGUCUACGCUAAGGAGAAUAUCUCUUGUUUGGGGACUUGCUUUUCUUCCUCCUAUCAUUUAUUUACUAACGGGCCAUCGCUACGUCUAUCACCCUGGUAAGGCAAUGUGCUUCUUCGACUUAAAUAAUGCCAGCACUCUCUACGCUGUUUCUACGAUUACACUAGUGGUGUUUCUGCCUUUUUGUACGAUAACGUUUUGCUAUUAUAAAGUAUACAAGUCCGUGCGUAAUCACAAUAAGGUCGCGGUCCAGGACGCUCGAGAAGAAACGCCUGGGCCAUUUGGCAUCUCCGAGAUAAAACUAACUAAAAUGUUAUUCGCGAUUUUGUUGGGUUUUCUUGUCUGUUGGAGCCCAUUCGUUGCCAUCGACGUUAUAAACUCGAUCAAUGGUCAGUUUUCCCAAGAUCGAUGGGUCUAUCUUGUUUACACAGGAUGCGCGGGCUUGGCAAGCUGCGUGAAUCCGCUGAUCUAUUCAGUGAUGAACGCUGGCUUUCGGGAAGAAUUCAAAGCGAUGCUGGCAUUUCGGAUCCGAAGAGAUAACGGAGUUAACCCGACGAGACCGCGAAGUGAGGCCAACAAGAUAACGAGUUGAAAAUACAGGUCUGUGAUGGUAGUACCUUCGCGAUGCUUGCGGCGGCCUUUCGUGAUGCCGUGCUGCUCCCCACUGCAUAAGAUGACUUGAGAUGAGUUUUUACCUGUAAAAAGUGUAAAACUAUCAUCAAG